UAUUUGACAAGGAAGUUUAACAAUAAGAACAAAAUGGCGACUUCAGCAGACGCAAACUUUAAGGAAGAAUCUAUCAACGAAGAUUUUGGCGAUUUAUUGACGUGUUCUAUUUGUCUUGAAACAUUUAAACAGCCAAAGUAUUUACCUUGUCUACAUACGUUCUGUGAAUCAUGUAUAAAUACAUAUAUUGUUUCAACCGUGAAGGAAGAAAAACCAGAAGGAUUUAAGUGCCCAGUAUGUCGUCGUCUUGUAUCGUCUAGCGACAGUAUGGUGAAACCCGACACGUGGGCUAGAAACCUACCUGGAAAUCAUUUUGUCAAUUCAAUGAUUGACCGGAGAGCUAUGAAGAAAGCGGAGAAACUUUGCGAUGCGUGUAGCAACGAAAACGUCUCUCAAAAAGCCAUAUCAUGGUGCACUGUUUGUGAUGAAGCUUAUUGUGGUCCAUGUGAAGUAAGUCAUAAAAGAUUCAAAAUUACACGGAACCACAACUUAUUAGCUAUUACAGAUAUAAAUGCAGAAAUGAAUGCUCCAAAUAUUUUUGCUUCUGUUGCUUGCGAUGACCAUCCAGACAAAACAAUAGAAAUAUACUGCAAGGAUCACUCCAAGCCAUGUUGUACCGUUUGUGCUACUGUACACCAUAGAAAAUGUGAACACGUCAUUACUAUAGAUAAAGCUGUAACCGGUGUCAAGGAAUCUACAAAAGCAAAGGAACUUCUGACGAAGUUGAAAGAAACAGUUAGAAAAUUAGAAGCAGUUAUUAAUACUCGUAAACAAAAUACGACAAAUUUCGAAGGAGAAACAGAUGCUGUUUUAGUAGAAAUUGGGAAUGUUCGUGAAAAAUUAAACAAAAAACUAGAUGAACUCGAGAACAAGAUAAGAGACGAAGUAAAUAGUACAAGGAAAAACAAUGUUCUACGAUUAAGUGAAGAGUCUGCUGACUUAUUAUCAUUGAAGAGUACGUACGAUCAGUGGAAAAAUAUAUUUGAGGCUUGUAUAUCACAAGGAUCUGAAAUACAAUGUUUGGUCAAAAUGGAGGAGAUUUCCAGGAAAAUGCCGGACAUCGAAAAUGAUUUGUCUAAAGCUAUACAGGGUAUUAAGGACAUUCAUAUUAAGUUUGAAGCUACGGACGUUAUUUCGGACACUGCUUGUUUCGGUCGCCUGCAGUUCAAUGACCAUAGACCGUCUCUUCCUGGAUUAAAGACAAUAGACUUUCAUACUGGAAAGAUAAAAGUGUUGUUUACAAUUGAGAUUAAAGGCUCUUUUGUCAGUGGAAUAUUCUUCAACGACGAUAUCAUUAUAACCGAUUAUGAUAAGAAAAGGAUCGUUUAUCACGACAAUACCGGAAAACAAACAGAUGAAUUGAACAUUCCGAAUACCCCGUCUGAUGUCACUAAAGUGAAUGAUCAAACUGUAGCCGUGUCUUCUGAUGCAAGCAAGAUUUUUAUAAUUAACGUUAAACCGUUUACUGUAGCAAAGACAUUAAAUAUUAAAGCUGCUGUAUGGGGAUUGUGUUUGAUAGAAAAUGAGUACAUAACUGCUAACAAUAAUACCAUUUAUUGGCUAAACGCUGAAACGGGUGCUAAAAUAAAAGAAUUAGCAGCAGGUGUAGACACACGAUUUGUUACUUGUUACAAGAAAAAUGAAUACGUUUAUAUGAAUAACACCAAUUCUAUUAAGGUUCAAUUAGCUGACGGAAAAGAUUUUCCGUAUACUCAUAGUAAAUUAUCCUUUCCGUAUAAUCAGGAAAUUGAUCAAGAUGGGAACAUAUACGUUGUAGGACAUAGUUCAAACAACAUCCAUCAGCUAAAUCCUACUGGACAACUUAUCCGUAUCAUACCUGUAUCAGAUAUCUACAAUACAGCUAAAUAUCCCUGGGUGAUGCGCUUUAAACGAAAUACUAACCGGUUUCUUUUAACGUUUCCAUCAUCGGCUGGUCCAGUGUUAGUAUGUGAAAUUGAAUAAACUGAAAUUAAUGAACUACUAUUUGUAUUUUUAAUAUUAAUACUGUAAAUUGUAAAAUUUUUACACAUGUUUUACAAAACCUGCAUCAUUUAAUAUUUUUAUAUAUCUCAGUUUAAUUUUGAUUGUAUUGCAUGUUUUGUUUGUUUGAAUUUCAAUUAUAAUAAGUAAUUUUUCUUUUUAUUUUGGUUCUCGUUUUAGAAAAAUAUUACAUGAUUGAGUAAAUAAAUUAUUUAUACUUUA